AUGGAGCAUGAGGAUUGGAGGAAGUAUAAACGGACUAUUGAGAUAUUUGAGAAGAUGAGGGAGACUGGUCUUGAUCCAACUUUGAGUAAAGGGCUUGAGUUUGAUGAGUUUACGUGUAGCACUGUGAUAUCGGCUUGUGGGAGAGAGGGUAUGCUUGAUGAAGCAAGGAAGUUUUUUGCUGAUUUGAAAUUGAGUGGAUAUAGACCUGGAACCGUUACGUAUAACUCUAUGAUACAAGUUUUCGGGAAGUCUGGAGUUUAUGUAGAGGCCUUGAAUAUCUUAAAAGAAAUGAAGGAUAAUCAUUGCGUGCUAGAUGUUGUUACUUACAACGAGGUUGUGGCGGCGUAUGUAAGAGUCGGGUUUCAUGAUGAGGGUGUUGCUGUCAUUCAUACAAUGGCAAGCAGAGGAGUUACGCCGAAUGCUAUAACUUAUACGACUGUAAUAAAUGCCUAUGGUAAAGCGAGAAACGAGGAUAAGACUUUGAAGGUGUUUGGUCAAAUGAAGGAGUUGGGAUGUGUUUCAAAUGUACGCACAUACAGUUCUGUUCUUGCAAUGCUAGGCAAAAGGUCGAGACCAGAAGACAUGAUUAAUAUUCUCCAUGACAUGAAAUUGAAUGGAUGUCUUCCUGAACAUGCAACGUGGAACACGAUGCUUGUUGUAUGUGGUGAGGAAGUUUUUCAGGCACUCGAUGUUCCUAUGGAUAGGCUUGUCGAAGCAGCUGAUUCGGCUUCAUGGCUGACAUGGAAAAUCAAAUAG